AUGCCUCUAGAGAUCUUCCGUAAGUUGAAAUUGGGAGAAGCUCACUCUAAUACUGUGUCCCUACAAAUGGCAGAUCGUUCAAUUAAGCAUCCAAGGGGAAUGAUUGAAGAUGUGCUGGUGAAAGUAGACAAGUUUAUAUUCCCUGCAGACUUCAUAGUGUUGGACAUGGAAGAAGAUACUAAUAUCCCAAUAAUGAUUGGAAGACCGUUUUUAGCUACCGGAAGGGCAUUAAUAGAUGUUCAAAAGGCAACGGAAAUUCCAAGUUGUUGUAGAGUUGAUGUAGUGAAAAGAGGGGAUGAUAAGCUGGGAGUGCCUAGGAAAAAGUCCAUGGUUCAAUGUGGUGUUCGAACAAUUCAUCAUCGUGUGAAAAAGAUCUUUAGUGGGAAAGCUCGAAUGAUACAUGAAUGA